AUGUCCGACAAAAAGUCAGCUCCUGGAAGUUAUAGUGAAUUCGACUCUGGAUCCGAAAAUAAUAAAUCCAAGAAAGUUCCGCGGUCAAAUAGUACUAAUAGCAGUACUAUAUUGUCCGAUGACGAAAAAGUUGACAUUAAGGAAUUUGUGGAUAAAAAGCACAUCACAAUGCAAGAUAAGGACGCGUCUGGAAAUUCUACCGGUCACCAAAAUAGUGAGUCAAAACCGGACGAUAUGGAACUCAACCCUGAAUCUGAAUAUAAUUGCGAAUAUGAGCAAGCACCAGAUCUCUGUGAAUUUAUUCCCGGACUUUAUCGUUUAUUAGACUUAUGCAAAGAUGAAGGAUCGAAUGGUCUUG